AUGUCAGCUGUGUGUGAGGUCACCGAACCUCUAUCUGAACGUGUCAGCGGUUUUGACCCAAAGAUGCAACAUUUGGCUGUUUGUAAAGACAUUGAGAUUUUAUCCACUCAAAACUCGCCCACAGCAUGGCAGAUUGGUGACGUCAGUGAUGUAGAGGAAAGCGAAGAAGGUGAGAAUAUACCAAUCACGCCAGAAGAUCAGCUUUUAAGGAGCUCUCAGAGUCUAGCAUCACGAAUGGAGAGAUUGCUAUGGGCACCAAUUUAUUCUCCAAGCAAUGGAUUAAGUGAUGAUAGCGAUGGCUCCGCAUGUAGUAGCAGUGAGACAUCUCCCCCAAUCAUGCGUUUGUAUACGCCGAAAGGAGGACACAGAAUGCAAACAGUCUCUCCACUGACGCAUGAACAUUUGAUGCAAUGGAAGUCAACUCAAACGGAGACCGUACCGCUUACUAUUGAAAGGGGUACUCAAACUGCAGAAGAGUUUGAGUUGCCAGUCUAUCCUGAUGUCAUUGACAAUCAGGAUGCCAAUCGUCUGAAGGAAUGGAUAGAAGAACUCUUUAGGCACAAGUUGCCGAGAGAGGAUUCACAUCAGGCGUAG